AGGAGGCCGGGCCGGCGGGCAAACAAACGUGGCGCUGGAGCGGGGAGAGGCUGGGCUGCUCCGCCUCAGCCGGGGGGAGAAGGAGAGCCGCGGCCGGGAGGGGACCAGCGAGCCAGCCAGCCGGCCAACCCCAACCGGACUCCUUUGUCGCCUCCGCCGGCUGGCCUUUCCCUGCCAGGGGAGAAGGGGUCUCGCGCCGCCAUGGCGCUGGCCGAGCUCUACACGCAGUACAACAGAGUGUGGAUCCCUGAUCCUGAAGAAGUUUGGCAGUCUGCGGAAAUUGCAACGAACUAUAAGACUGGCGACUCCGUACUUCACCUACGGCUAGAAGAUGGCGUGGAGUUGCGUUUUCCAGUGGAUCCCAGCACUUUGCCUCCUUUGCGAAAUCCAGACAUACUCGUCGGUGAAAAUGACCUCACAGCACUUAGUUACCUUCAUGAGCCGGCUGUCCUACACAACCUCAAAGUUCGCUUUGUAGAGUCCAAGCUUAUUUAUACCUACAGCGGAAUAAUUCUGGUUGCUAUAAACCCCUAUAAGCAGUUGCCGAUAUAUGGCGAUACCAUUAUCCAUGCCUACAGCGGUCAGAAUAUGGGAGACAUGGACCCACACAUCUUUGCUGUGGCUGAGGAAGCUUACAAGCAAAUGGCAAGGAACAACAAGAACCAGUCUGUUAUCGUCAGUGGAGAAUCAGGAGCUGGGAAAACCGUCUCUGCGAGAUAUGCCAUGAGGUACUUUGCUACAGUCAGUCGAUCAAGCAACAACACCCAAGUCGAAGAUAAAGUUUUGGCCUCUAACCCCAUAACAGAAGCUGUUGGUAAUGCUAAAACCACACGCAAUGACAACAGCAGCCGUUUCGGGAAGUACAUGGAAAUCAGUUUUGAUCAGAGGUACCAGAUCAUGGGGGCAAAUAUGAGAACAUACCUGCUUGAAAAAUCCCGAGUCGUCUUUCAGUCUGAGAAUGAGAGAAAUUACCAUAUAUUCUAUCAAUUGUGUGCAUCUGCUCACAGGCCGGAAUUUAAAUACCUUAAACUAGGAAGUGCUGAAGAAUUUCAUUAUACAAAUAUGGGUGGAAACACUGUGAUUGAAGGAGUAAAUGAUGGAGACUAUAUGAUGGAGACUCAAAAGACAUUUACCCUGCUAGGUCUAAAGGAAGAUUUCCAGAUGGAUGUUUUUAGAAUACUAGCAGCCAUCCUGCAUUUAGGCAACGUGCAAAUAACAGCUGUCAGUGACGAAAGAUCAUCUGUUAGCCUGGAUGAUAAACAUCUUAAUAUAUUUUGUGAACUUCUGGAUUUAGAGAGUGACAAGAUAGCACAGUGGCUGUGCCACAGGAAAAUUAUCACUACCUCCGAGACUGUGGUAAAACCCAUAAUGAAAUUUCAAGCUCUUAACGCUCGUGACGCUUUGGCGAAAAAAAUCUAUGCCCAUCUCUUUGAUUUCAUAGUGGAACGAAUUAAUAAGGCCUUGCAAUUUUCAGGCAAGCAACACACUUUCAUUGGUGUUUUGGACAUCUACGGAUUUGAAACUUUUGAUGUGAAUAGCUUUGAACAGUUUUGCAUCAAUUAUGCCAAUGAAAAAUUACAGCAACAAUUUAACCUGCAUGUUUUUAAACUUGAACAAGAAGAAUAUAUGAAAGAAAAUAUCCCAUGGACGCUGAUUGAUUUUUAUGACAACCAACCAGUCAUUGACCUUAUUGAAGCUAAAAUGGGCAUUUUGGACUUGCUGGAUGAAGAAUGCAUGGUCAGUUCUGCAUUUUUGUUUUCGUUUUGCUGCGUUUAAUUAAGUGUUCCGAACUGCACGUUUGUCUUGUCUUAACACUGUUU